AUGUUCGAUCUGGCUCUUCCCAUAUCCUGCAAAGUAGCAACAGGGACCAAACCGGUCUGGGUCUCGAGAGUGUAUUCUUCAGGGAACACCGGGUUUUCCACAUUUUGUGGUCUGUUCACGUCAACAGCUGACACCUCUCUGGAAAGUCCUCUAUCUCGAAGAGACUUUGCUGUCUCUGUCUUGACCAUUCUUAAGGACUCUGAUCUGGAAAGCGUGGAAUUAAGCUCGCCCGAGAUUUGCGAGCGGGCAUCCUCCGGGUCGGUCCAGGUUCUGUUUGCCACAGCGGGCCACACAGAAACCAAUCCGGCAGAUCGGUUUCCGUCAUCACAGCAACCAUCGAAAGAGCAAUCCUUCGUGUGGGUUACAGUGUUGGCGACCAACUCUGAUGAACAAUACCUAACCGUUGGGUUUGUCCAGCAAUAUAUUGCGCAUUCUGUGGCCACCUGUCCCGUACCUUCUGCAAUUGCACUCGAGUUUCACCAGGAAAAUUACGCGGAAAUUUAA